AUGCGGUCGUCGUUCCUCCUCUCCGCAGCUAUCGCAUUCCUGGCGGGCUGGGCAGCCGCACAGACCGAAACUGAGACCUACAUCGACACCGACACGGCCACGACGGUGACGUCAAUCGACGUGGAGACCGACACACUCGAGCCGACGGCCGUCACCACCGUGCUGACCUACGAGUCGACCAUCACGACGACCAUGAUCCCGUCGCUGACCGUCAUCUCGCCGACGUCGACUUACACGGCAACCGCCACCGCCAGCGUGGUGCCCGUGGCCGGGGCCGACGCGAUCGGCGUGCCGGGCGCGUUGGCCGGGCUGGCGCUCGUGGGCGCUGCCGGCAUGGCGCUGCUCUGA